GUAAUUGUACAAUUUUCAUUUCAAAUCACUUGCCAGAGUUACUCCAAUUCUAUCCACAUACACAAAACAAUGCGACAUAACCUAUUCAAUAAAAAUAAUUCUAACCUAAAACCAUGAAAACAUAAACACAAGGUGCAAAGACAUAAAAUAUAAACACAGUAAAAAAUACUCGUUAACUACUUUGCAAAACCAAUAAUAACAGUUGUUUAUAUGCAUAUAAAUAUCAACCAGAAUUGAAAAUGAUCAAAUUAUAUCAUUUUCGACAAAAUAGUAUUUCUUGUAGAAAUUUUUGCUCUAGAUUGAAUGUUGAAAGGAUAGCCGAUUUUCCUCAAAAGUAUGAGACGAAAAAUGCAGAAACAUUUUGGAAUAAUGUCUGGAAACAAAAUAAUUUUUUUAAUCCUCUUAAUAACAAAUCAUUAAUGACUAUGAUUCUUCCUCCACCCAAUGUUACUGGAGCUCUUCACUUAGGUCAUGCAUUAACAAUAACAAUUCAAGAUGUCCUAGCACGAUGGAAUAGAAUGAAAGGUGUUUCAGUUUUAUGGGUUCCUGGAUUGGAUCAUGCUGGUAUAGCAACCCAAGUUAUGGUUGAGAAACAUCUAAAAGCUAAAAAUGGUGUUACUAGAUUAGAAUUAGGCAAAGAAAAUUUUUUGAAAUGUGUUGAAGAUUGGAAAAAUGAGAAAGGACAUAUAAUAGAGAACCAAUUGAGAAAUUUAGGCUCAACUUUAGACUGGUCUAAGCAAUAUUUUACUAUGAGCAAAGAUCAGAAUAAUGCAGUUAGUGAAGCAUUUGUGAUAUUAAAUGAACGCAAUUUAUUAUACAGAAACAAUAGUCUAGUCAAUUGGUCUCCAGCUUUAAGAAGUACAAUAUCAGAGAUUGAAGUUGAUUAUCUUCCACUAACAAAAAAAACUGAACUUCAAGUUCCUGGGUAUGACAGAAAAAUUUCAUUUGGUGAAAUUAUCGAUAUCGUAUUUAAAGUGAAAGAUUCGAAAGAUGAAAUCGUAGUUUCAACAACAAGAGUUGAAACCUUAUUGGGUGAUGUUGCUAUUGCUGUACAUCCAGAAGAUUCAAGACAUUCACAAUUUAUUGGUCAACAAGUUUGGCAUCCUUUGAGAGAAGUUUUCAUUCCUGUUAUCGCUGAUUCAUUUGUCAAACAAGACUUUGGUACAGGUGCAGUAAAAAUAACUCCAGGUCAUAGUAUACAGGAUUUAGAAAUAGCAAGAAGACACAAUUUAGAAGAAAUUGAAGUAAUUGGAGAAGAUGGAAUAAUGAAUAAAAAUGCAAAACAAUAUGAAGGAUAUCCUAGAUUUGUUGCUAGAUAUAAAAUACUCAAUGAAUUAAAAAAUAAAGGAAUUUUGAAAAAUAUUAAAGAUCAUGCGAUGCUUGUGCCCAUUUGCUCAAGAUCCGGAGAUAUAAUUGAGUAUAUAAUGAAGGAGCAAUGGUACAUAAAAACUAAACAAAUGGCUGAGAAAGUUGUGGAUUCUGUGAAAAAUAAAGAACUCAAACUAGAUCCUGAGAGGCAUGAAAAAUUAUGGUAUGAUAAACUUAAUAAUAUCAGAGAUUGGUGUGUAUCGCGGCAAUUAUGGUGGGGUCAUCAGGUUCCAGCAUAUUCUUGUGAAAUUAAUUCUGAAAUUCAUUGGAUUGUAGCUAAAAGUAUUGAGGAAGCACGACAGAUAUCAAAAACAAAAUUUGGAAGUGCUGAUGUCCGACAGGAUAAUGAUGUUUUAGAUACUUGGUUUUCUGCAGCAUUACUUCCACUUUCGGCGAUGGGUUGGCCUGAUAAAAAACAUCUUCAAUUCUAUCCGUUAUCUUUAAUGGAAACUGGGCAAGAUAUUUUAUUUUAUUGGGUUGCAAAAAUGGCAAUGCUUUGUACUGAAUUAUCUGGUGUUUUACCUUUCAAAGAAAUUCUUCUUCAUGGAAUACUCUGUGACUCACAUAAAAGAAAGAUGUCAAAAAGUUUGGGUAAUGUAAUUUUGCCGGAGUUUAUAAUUAAUGGCAUUAGUCUUUCUGGUUUGAAAGAGAAAGCAAAAGAAAACUUGGAAUCUGGAUUACUUGAUGAAGCAGAGUUCAAAAAAACUAUUUCUGUCAAUGCGAAAUCCUUUCCUCAAGGUAUUCCUGAGUGUGGAACCGAUUCUCUACGGUUUACUCUAUGCUCUCAUAAUAUCAAAGAAGAUAGGAUUAAUUUUGCUAUUGAAGAAUGCAAAACAUUCAAACAUUUCUGUAAUAAAAUAUGGCAAGCUAGUAAAUAUGUCUUAAUGGUAACUGAUGACGUAUAUGUGAAGCUUCCUGAAAAUUUAUCCACCGUUGAUCGGUGGAUAUUAAGUCGAUUAGAAUUAAUGGUUGAAAUUGUAAAUGAUUCUCUUGAACAGAGAAAUUUUCAUCGAGCAGUUUCAGCGAUGAGACAAUUCUUUCAUUAUGAGUUUUGUGAUUUUUUCCUAGAAGCUACAAAAAUUGGCUUGGAAAGUAGUGAAGAAGACAUUAUCAAAAGUCAUAGAUAUUGUUUAAUUACAUGUCUCGAAACAUUUUUGAGGACCGUAGCACCUUUUAUGCCAUAUUUAAGUGAAGAAUUGUAUUCAAGACUUGCUAAAAAACUUCCAGCUUUUUCAUCUGUUCCAUCUAUCAUGAAGACACAGUUUCCUACGACUAAAGAAAUAAAUAGAAGAGAUUGUGAAUUAGAAGAGCAAUUUGACCAAGUUAUAAAAAAUAUUUUGGUACUUAGAGAUAACUUGAGUCGACUAAAAAAGAAUUUUGUUAUUGAAGCCCAUUUAGUUUUGGAAAAUAAGCACGAAUAUGAAUUUUAUCAUAGUAUCCAAAAUUUUAUUAUAACAUCAUCGAAAAUAGAUAAAAUUGAAAUAUUUUAUACUGAUGACUAUACUGUAAAUGAUGAUAGUACAUAUAUUCAAGGAGCUCAAUGUAAAAUGUAUUAUUUAUUAACGGAUAAAAAUACCGGAAUGAUUACAAAAACUACAGUAAACAAUAAUGAUGAAUUGCAAAAAGAAGAGAAACCUAUAAAGAAACGAACUAAAAUCUAAAAAAUAACAGUUAUUAUUUUUUGUAAACAUAGUUUUUGU